GAUGUUAAAAUAUUAAAUUUAAUUUUAUUUAUGCCCUUUAAAGAAGAUAAUAAAAAUAAUAACGACGCGAGACACAACGAAAAAAAUGAAGAUAAUAAAUUAAACAAUCAACCCUUUACUGACAGCCCUGAAAAAAAGCGACAAAAGCAAGGAUCACCAGUUUUAAAUGAGGAUGUUCCUCAAUGUUCUACUAGUCAAAAAAUUUCAGAAAAUAAAAAUGACGGAAAUAAUAUCCCAAAUUGGGUUGCAGGUUCUUCACCAGCCAAAUAUUUAUCUCUGGAUGAAUUAAUUAAAGUUCAUGACAGCAUAGAGAAAAUGGCUAUUGUACAUCAAAUUGCUGUAAAUCCAUUAUGUAAAGUUGAGGAUCUUCGCCGUCAAUGUCCACAUUCAAAACUUCAUGAAACAGUUAAAAAUGAUAUGCAAAAAGCUUUUUGGGAUUUACUGCGUGAAGAUUUGUCUAAAAAUCCACCUGAUAAGAAGAAUGCUUUUUCUUUGAUCGUUGACCUAAAAAAUAUGAUUACUGAACACUUAGAAUCAGCAAAUUUAUUAAAUGCUCUUUCUGCAGUUAAUGAAGCCUUAGAUUUUGAACAUUUACAAAAUUUAUUUGAUAAAAAUGCUCUCAAUUUAAAUGAAAUACUUGGCACUAUUCUUUCAGUUUUGGAGAGAUUAUGUGCUCCAAUUAGAGAUGAACUUGUUAUAAAACUUAAAACAACAGAAGAUACAAUUGAAUUAUUUAAAGGAAUUUUUGAACUUGUAGAAUUAAUGAAAAUGGAUAUGGCUAAUUUUGCACUUUCACAAAAUCGUCAAUUAAUUACUUCGCAGUCAGCAAAAAUCGAAUUUGAGGAAUUUAUGAAGAUUUAUGAAAUGGAUAAAUCUGUCGCUAAUAAUAUUAGACAAUGGCUUUGUACAUUAUUAAAAGAAUUUUUAGAUAAAGAAGAAAAGAAGAAGAAUAGUCUUUCACAUUCUGAUAUAAAUGAAUUAAUUUUGUCAUUUUAUUUAGAAUUAUUAAUUUCUUUUUCAACAAAAUCAAUUUAUUCUUCCUUUCAAUUUCCAGAAACAAUAAAAAUGGAUGAAAAAAGAAUUGAAGAAUUAAAAAAUAAAUUAUUACAAUUAGAAUUAUUGUCUAGUUCUUUAUUUGCAUGCAUUAAUUUAGCUGGACGUUUAGCUAUUGAAUCAAAACAAAAUUGUUCAGAAAGACUUGAAAAUAUAGCUAUUCAAUGCUGUAAACAUUGUGAAAAAGAAUUUGGUGAAAAUUUUGGAUGGAAUGAAGAACGGUCAAAAAUGUUAAAACAACAAAUUCUUAAUUUUGUAAAUUCAGAAGAACCUGUCAGGAAAAUUGCAAUGACAAGAAUUUGUGAUUUUAUUCGUCAAGUACUUAAACAAAGCGGUGACCCUCUUAAAAUUCCUCCAGGAAUGUCUACAUUCCAAACAGAAUUGGCUUCCUUUACAUCACGUUAUUAUGCAAUUGUAAUGCAUAAUUGGAAUACUUUUGGAAGAUUCUACGCUCAAAUAUUAGACGAAGAAUUUAACAAAUUAUUAGAAAAGAAAUGA